AUGGCCAGCCACCACGACGGCUCUGCAGACCCUCGCCUCGGGACCACCGGCGGCCUCCCUGCCGGGCUCCCUUGCCCCGAGGCGCCGGCGGCGGCGGCAGGAGGGCCCUGGCGCCCAGCCCAGCCCCGGAGGCUGGCAAGCGGCGGCGGGGCAGGGCUGGCGGAGCACGAGGCAGCUUUGCGGGCGGGCGAGGAGCCAUCCAUUGGCGGCCCGCAGAAGGGGUGGAUCUUCGGGCGCCGCCGCCGCCGCCGCCGCUCGUCGCAGCAGUGUGUGCAGAGCCGAGCCAGCCAGAGCAGCGCAGGCAGCCAGCGAGGGGCCCCCGACGCCGCCCCAGCACGGACGGCUGUGAGCCCCCAUUGGAGACACAGAAGCACCAUAUUUCUUCUUCUUUGUCAUCUGAAGGCAGUGAUGGGCUGGAUGAGGGAUAACAACCUGAGGCUUAAUCCAAAUGAGACAGAGCUGCCGCACAUUGAGUUGACACUUUCAACGAGCUGUCCACCACGACCCCAAGAUCCCUCUCCUGAGAUGCGAGUUUUGGGCGAGCCAAGAACCUGGAUGGCUUUAAGAGGGGCUUGGAUAACUUCAUGGAGGAGAAGUAUCAACGGCUAGCUACUAGUCGGAGGGCCACCUCCAGCCUCAAAGGUAGGAUGCCUCUGGGUACCAGUUGCAGGGGAGUAACAGCAGGAGAGAGAGAAUGCCCUCAACUUCUGCCUGUGGCUUCCAGCGGCAUCUGGUGGGCCACCGUGUGAAACAGGAUGCUGGACUGGAUGGGCCUCCUUGGGCCUGAUCCAGCAGGGCUGUUCUUAUGUUCUUAUGGCAUAUAAAAGUGUAUUAAAUAAAAAUAAAUUUGGCCACUUUGCUGCUUA